AGUGAAUAUCUAAAUAUUCUCAGCGCAUACGCAAAGUUCAGCUCCUUUUUAAGUUUUUUGGUGCUAUGAAGAUGAAUAUAUGUCAAGAAGAAUCUGUGAGUUUAGGUCUUAAUGAUAAAAUUACAAGCGUUUCUAAGAGGGCAACGUGCAGUUUACAUGGAGAAAACUCGCCUUACUUUGGUGGGUGGGAGGAGUAUCGAAGUAAUCCAUAUGACCCACUGCUCAAUCCCUCUGGGGUUAUUCAGAUGGGCCUGGCAGAGAAUGGGCUAUCAUUCGACCUGUUGGAAAGGUGGUUGGCUGAACACCCUGAAGCAGCACUUACUUGUAAACCUGAUUUAUUUAGAGAGUUGGCACUCUAUCAGGACUAUCAUGCAUUGCCGAAUUUUAGAAAGGCUAUGGCCAACUUCAUGGAGGCAUUGAGAGGAAAUAAAGUGAAGUUUGACCCUGAGAGGAUAGUAAGCACUGCUGGAGCAACUGCAGCCAAUGAGGUUUUAAUGUUCUGCCUUGCUGAUCCCGGAGAUGUCUUCUUAGUACCUACUCCAUAUUAUCCAGGGUUUGACAGAGAUCUAAGGUGGCGCACAAGUGUAGAGAUAGUUCCAAUCCAUUGUUACAGCUCCAACAAUUUCCAAAUCACCAAAUCUGCAGUGAAGUCAGCAUACAAAGAAGCCUGCAAUAGAAACAAAAAUGUUAAAGGAAUUCUCAUAACAAAUCCUAGCAACCCACUGGGUGCAACAUCAAGUGCCAAGACAUUGAAAAUGUUGCUUGCUUUUGCAAAGGAAAAGAAAAUACAUCUUGUAUGUGAUGAAAUUUAUUCAGGAUCUGUCUUCUCUUCUGCGCAGUUUUACAGCAUUGCAGAAAUUGUGGCAAAAGAAAAUUAUACUCCAGACAAUGUGCACAUAGUGUACAGUUUGUCUAAGGACCUGGGCCUCCCUGGGUUCAGAGUUGGUGCAAUUUACUCCUAUAAUAAUACAGUAGUAACUGCUGCUAGGAGAAUGUCCAGUUUUUGCAUGGUUUCUUCCCAGACUCAGCAUUUAUUGUCCACCAUGCUUUCAGAUUCAAAGUUUGUUAAUUAUUAUAUAGCAGAGAACAAGAAAAGACUAUCAGAUAGGCAUAAAUUGCUUGUCUCAGGGCUAGACAAAGCGGGCAUUAAACACUUAGAAGGCAGUGCAGGGCUUUUCUGUUGGGUAAACAUGAGUCAUCUGCUUCCAUCAAAUGACCUAGAGGGAGAGUUAAAACUAUGGAAAAGGGUAUUAUAUGGGGCCGGAUUGAAUAUACCCCCUGGUUCUUCCUUCAACUGCAUGGAGCCUGGCUGGUUUAGAGUCUGCUUUGCUGACAUGAACAUAUCCACCAUGGAAGUUGCAUUGAAAAGGCUUCAAAUGUUUGUUGAAACCAAUACAAAACCAUCCAUUAAACUUGGGUAAUUUCAUAGUUUUGAAGAGAUAUACUGUAAUCUUUAGGUAUAAAUAUGUAGAGAGCUGUUUUCUAUUUUUAUGGAUAGUUUGAAAGAGGGUGUUGCUUCAUACCUACACCUCGCUAUUGUGGUGACAAUUUGGAAUUCUGAGAUUGAUUAUUUUUUUUUAAUAAAAAUACUUCAAUACAGACGGCCGGUGCAACAAUAGCAUUACAGCUCAAACCGGUCGACUCUGCCCGGUGGAACUUUUCUGAAGAAUACCCACUAAACAGACUGCUGAGAUACCUAGAGUCAACAUUGUUUUUUAAGCUUGGUCCCCAUCAUAUCAAUUUUAAUAAGUUCGGACACGCGGAGAAAGCCGAAAUAUACGUUA